AGUGUUUUUUGCAUUGCAGCCAUAUCCAAGUGAUGUUACUUGCAACAACUGCAUAUGUUUUAUGCAUUAUGGGGAUCAUUUCGAUGUACAUUUGGUAUGCACCAGACUCAUCGUGCCUUCUUAACAUUUUCUUCAUCACCUGGACACUAGUACUCCUCCAACUCAUGACCAGUGUCUCUCUCCACCCAAAAGUGAAUGCUGGCUUCUUGACACCAGGGCUUAUGGGGCUUUAUGUGGUGUUCCUCUGCUGGAGUGCCAUAAGAAGCGAACCACCGGAAGAAAAGUGCAUCAAGAAAGUGGGAGCAGCAGCCAAAGGAGACUGGUUAACCAUCAUAAGCUUGGUUGUUGGAGUACUUGCAAUUGUUAUUGCAACAUUUUCAACAGGCAUUGAUUCCCAAUGUUUUCAGUUUAAGAAGAAGGAAAGAGAGUCUGAAGAUGAUGUUCCAUACGGGUUUGGCUUCUUCCAUUUCGUUUUCGCCACAGGAGCCAUGUAUUUUGCUAUGCUAUUGAUUGGUUGGAAUACUCAUCAUACCAUGAAAAGGUUGUUGCACUCAUUUUUAUGUGCAUGUGUAUAUAUUUAUUAUCUAUUCUAUUAGAUAAGAUGAUUAACACCCAUCAAUUAUUUUAGAACUCCAUUUAUUUAGACCACUACUUAUAAAUUUUAAAAUUCUUAAAAUUUCUUUUCUCCUCCCCCUAAAUAAUAUCAAAAUUAUUCUUAUAAAAAUAUUUCACUCAUUCAAAUACACACCCCCACACUCCAAAAAGCCUCUCUCAAAACCUUAACAAAACUCACAAUGGUGGAACCUCCCAAAGCUAGCGAAAAAAAUUUGUGGUGAUUAAGAAAUUUUUUCUCUGCUUUAUUAUAAGAUUUGUCAAUUUGUUUGAUUUUUUUUUUUUCUUUUCUUUCUAUUACCUCUUUUCACAUGCACAACACAAUCUACUUUCAUGCUUCUUUGGUUAGUUUUCUGUGAUUUAUCCAUGAUUUCACUGUACUUGUAUACUCUCUGUGUGAGCAAAACUAGGCAGGAUUUCACCCCGUCAACUGACUAGUCGACUACCCAAGAGUGGUCUGACCUCCUUUGUUUGCCUAUUUCUGUUGCUGCUUCGGUUAUCUGUUCCCGAACAAAUAAGAAAUGUUCAAUUACUUGUUCCUGAAUAAAUAAACAAUGUUUAGACCUGUGUUGCCAAAUUUCAGUCAUAUGUUCGGGAGUUUAGUCUCGAAAAAAUGACGAACAGUUUUUAUUAUUUUUGCCAUCUUUUUCAAAAAACUUACCCUCACAAGGCCAAUCUCUUCUAAGUUAAGAACAACAUCAUAGUUAUGAACCUCUUCUAAAUUUUUAUUGUUGUACUCCUUUCGUCUCAUAGAGUUGUGAUUGUUGAAAAAACUUUCACUCAUUGUCAUUGCCGGAGAAAUAUAUGUGAUCAAAUGGCUGCCACCAUUGCUGUCGGAAUAUUUCCGUUGAAGGGUUUUCAAAGUUUUGAGGGUAGGUAGGUUUUGAAUAUGGGAAUUGGGAAAGAUAGAUGGGUAGUGAUAGAGGUGGAUGGUCUCAUAAACCCUAACUCAUGAUGUAGUGGAUGUGUAAGUUUAAUUGUAAGAUGGAGUGUCUCAAAAUUUUUGAUAUCCUUUUUAGUAAUUUCAUUUAAGGUUAUUAUUGUAAUAAAUAAAUAAUAAAAAAAAAGGCUAAAAAAUAGAGGAUCUCAAAUAAUUGAUGUGAUGCUAAUAGUAGUACUUUUAGAUAAAGCACAUUAGAAUAUGUUUUAAAGCUAUAUUAAUCCUUUUUUUCAUUCCCAAAUUAGCCCUAUGCAGCCAUCUAAAUUACCCCGUCCAUUUACAUUCAGUUU